AUCACCAGCAGGCCAUGACUUAGCCAUGGGCAAACGAACAAUUUUCGAGGCCAAUUCGAAGGCCGGGCACGAUGAGCGACAUACAAAGCGACAAAGAAUCAGCCGGUCCCACGACCGAGAGCUGCAGACAGGCGCAUCUGCGGAGAACGAAGUCACCUCCGCAAGCCAACUGCGGGACGCUCUUGUCUUCCAGCAAGGCUCUGCCUCUGGACUCCGAAGCGGGCUCCAUCUCCUGAAACAAUUCCUUGAUUCCAUCCUGUACUCGACCGAAGAACAUGACCUGCCCCGCAAACGCGCCGUCCUCCGCGAAUACCUUGACACUCAAAAGGAAAAGGCCAAAGAUGCAAAGGAUACUGUUCUCCUUCCGCAACUUACACAAGCCUGGGAUUUCGCUGCAGAGACCAACUUCGAAGCGCUCCUCACCCAGAUCACCGCCAUCCUCGCGCUGCUCUUCAAAGUCUUUUCUACCUACGCAGACUUCCAUCAAUAUGGUUCGCUGCUUUGCAAAACGAUACUACAACCAUCUGUUGCCAGGCGCCUCGUCCGGAGCUUGUCGGCGCAGACGAGCAAGGAACAUGUCAUCAUGCCGGCACUGCGGCUGCUCACCGAGAUAACAAAAUUCGACGAGGGCGCAUUCGCGAGGGCGGUAUAUACGAGAAGAGAUUUUACGCUUGAGCCUAAGACUCUUGCGAGGAACAUCGGUACAUGGAAGGAUUCAACAGGGCAGACGGCGUUGGAGCGCCAGCGGAAACCCAGCCUGCGGACCAUUUCAGUUCGAUAUCUUCUGACCCACCUGAAGUAUCAAGAUGAGCGCGCGAAGACCGAAAUUGUAUCCAACAGGGACGUUGUCAGGGCUGUGCUCGAUCACUUGACUACCGACCCGCCGUUCCUCAUCUCGGAGAUUUUUGACGUUUUCAAAAGCCAUGUCUUCCUGGAUAAGACUAUCCCUCGUCACGUCAAGAGUCGCAUUCUGAAUGGAAGGGCCCUCAUCCAUAUCGCCGGUCUGUACAGGUAUGAGCCACCUGAGGGCUCUCUCGCAGAGGGCGAGAAGGCCCCAGAUGCACUCGCGCAUGAGUUCCUGCGCAUGGUUUGUACGUCUCCGGCGUACGGAGUAAUGCUGCCCACGCAAGGCUUCUACGCUCAUAUAGGCGAGGAUGAUGAGGGCCAUGCCCCCAUAGAAGACUUCGCGGACCUUGGCGACGACCUAGACCUUGAGAUAGCCGAGAGCUUUGGAAAGCCAGGACGCGUACGAAACGUCAUCCUAGCCGAUUUUCUACAAUCGCUCCGGCCGUAUGCGCAUACUAUGCACCAGGAACUUGUGAUCGAAAUCUUCAAGGCUUGUCCGGAGCUCGUGGCUGACUACUUCCACCGAAAGCAAGACUUCAAUUACGACCCGAAGCUCACUUCGACCUGGAUCGGCUUUUCCGCCCUUCUCUAUCAGACCAUAGAGCUGCCCGUGCCUUCUCUUUACGGCACAAGCAAAAAAUCGCGCGACUACCCUCCUCCUAUCUAUCCUAUGCUCCAUAGCAUUCUCCCGCAGCCCUUGACGCAGCAAGUGCUGGUUAAGUGCUUGAAUAGCAGUUCCGAUCUAAUCUCAUUCUUUGCUGUCCGCGUUCUGCUAGUCGCGUUCCAAAAGCUACGAGCGGUAUUGAGAGAGCUCGACAAUGCGUCCCGGCCCGGAACUUCAAAGCUUUGGGCCAACGCGUCGAAGCGCCUGACCGGCGAGUUCAGCCAGCGCUGUCCCCCAAUGAGGACUAUCGUUGUAGCGUCCAGGCAACCAUCAUUCCAAAAGCGAUUGAAAAGGGAAGCGAUAACCCGACUGCUCAGGCUAUACUAUGAGGUCACCCCUCAGGUUGCGCUUGAAGAGAAGUUCGACGUUUCGGUGCCUCUAUGCAAUGCCCUUACCGAAGUUGAGAAGUCGACAGAGUCGGCAGAGGAUAAAGCGUUCCGCGUCAUGGAGCUUGAGCACUGGAUACAAAUGGCAAGGCAUUCUCCUUCGAUGCGCUGGUGGCAAAGGAACAAAUCUCUUCAACAUUCUCCUUUCCUCACCCUCAUGAAGCUUGUUGCCACUUCAACCGAGAGCGAGCUCUAUGCUGGAGUCAAGGCGCUCCUCGUUGCUAUCCUGCGCGACCAUGAGAUGCUCCAGAUGAAGACGUCUCCGGACGCUCUAGAAGCCCUCAUCGCCAGCUUAGGUGCAUCCUGCGGUGCUUCUGCGCCAUCUUCUCAGGUGGUGGAGUUCCUUGAUGAGUGCUGCGCACGCUUCAUUAAGGUACCCAUCAAGUACUUUGAUGAUCUUGAUACCCUUUGUGCACAGCAUACUCAUUCCAAGUCCGAUAUCGGACUCUUUAGUCCGCUUCUCAUGACUAUGGUCGAGCAGUGGCCUUUCAAGGGCGGAAAGUCGGAGAAGGGUAAUCCAGCGGAGCCUCUAGCCCAAUGGCUUGCGAAGCUUCUCUACCUGCUGAAGCUUAUUGGGGAAGACGAGUCCGUCCUCGAGCUCGUGCGGGACUCUCUGGUGGAGUCGGCUGAUAAUGCGUACAAAGACGUACUCAAGGAUUCCUUCUUGUGGAAAAUGGGCAAAGAGAAGGCAAAGGAGGCGUUGAAGCUAGCUACGGGUGUGGAUUUCAGUGGGUCUGAGAGAUCCAGUACCUCACCGAUUCCGCCUGAGCAACUAGAAGAGCCCAGUAAAACGACUCCCACGAUUGACAUGGAGUUACCCCCGAAGGAGGACGAAAAGCAUGCCGGCCUUAAUCGUUGGAGGAAGAAGGACAUUGAGGAGAGUAUUGAGGAUGGAGAUAUUGGAGAGCUUUUGCUUUGUCUUUGCUCAAAGCAUCCUGAGAUUCGCCUGCAAGCUGCUAGCAAUAUCCGCCAGCUUAUGGCGACGCUCGACAGAGACAAAGGAGAUCUCCAACAGCUCUAUAUUCUUCUCGGCGAAGUUCUAGAGUCCGCUGAAGCUAUUACGGACAACGGGCCGUUCCCGUAUGUUGGCGGCAUUUUUGCUGCUCGCAGCGUCACCAUCUUGGCCGACCCCACCCACUUCAUGUUCGGCAAGAUCAACAAGUUCCUCACGAGCCGCCCUUCAUGGGAAGUCAGGAACCUCCCGCGCAGGUUCUCGCGCAGCAUCAUCAACAGCGAGCCGGACGAAGACGGUGCGUAUCAUAAGGAAGUGGAUUGGUUCCUUGACUACCUGCUCGAUUGUCUGCGGACGCCAGAGGAUAUGGAGAUCUUUCGGACGAACAAUAUCUUUGAGCGGCUGCUAAGUUAUUACGCAUCCAAGUCAAGCGUCGUUUCGGCGAAGGAGAAGAUCGUGAGGCUGCUGCUGAGGGCGGCUGCUGUGGGGGGAAGCACGACGUUGAUUACAAGGUGCGGGCUGGUUAGCUGGAUACAGAUGAUGCUGGAGAACAACGAUCGUAGGCAUCGGGCACUGCGGCAAUUGGCAUCGAGAGUCUACGAGACUUGCGAUCGGGACAAGGUUGGUGCGUGGGGCAGUGGCACUAUGGGGGACCUGGUCUCUGGGGUUGUAGAUGUGGAGGCAUGAGGCUCUGAUCUUGAUGAUAUCCGCAUGAUAAGAGUUCGUUCCGAUGCACGUCAGCGGACCCGAUGGUAGCAGCUAAACGGCGGCAUGAUGGCAAUGCACCGGGAACGCGUCCGAAAGUGGGAACGUGCUGCAUGUAUACCUAGGUACAAGCCCAGGGAACCUUGGUUG